CCAGCCCUAUCGGAAGCACAAGCCCAACGUGAACUUUAAACACACUUGAAUCUGUAAGGUAGCGCGUUGGAUAUCUCCUUCUAGAGAACGACCAUGCCUUAUAGUUUCAUCUUCCUGGUGCAAUGGUCCUGAGAUGAUGAUACUCCACGUCUUAGCUGAAGUAUGUGUGCUUUAUAUCCUCUUAUCUUUGAAUCAAGUCGCAGGUCAAACAUACGACUGCCCUUUAGGAUGGGAUGAGUAUGAACUGAAGUGUUACCACUUCGUGGUCUACCCACCUCGGGUGUAUGCGGAGGCAAUGGCGGCCUGCCAGGAAGACGGGGCGAGUCUGGUGAGUGUCAACGAUGCCAGGGAGCACCAGUUUCUCAGCCAAUGGCUCACCAAGAACGACGGCAACAGACAGGAUCUGUGGUUCACCAGCGGAACCGGAAGCGAGCUCAGCUUGAAGUGGGAGGGCGACGGUUCCUCCAGUCAACAGGAGCACGACUGGUGGUUGGAAGCAAGCGAUUAUAAUCUGACCAAUGAGAUCGUUGUUUAUAAAUAUUCCGUUCCACUUGGAGAAUUUGGUUGGAGUCGGUCUCCGAAGAGAGCAGUUCUCUCAUACAUCUGUGAGAUCAGUAGGAACGAAGCCUUCAGAAUAACACAGGCUGUGCGAGACUACACGUAUGGCCAAGACGUCACAGACCCAAGCCGCAUUCCGCGUGGCCCAAAGUUUCUCAACCGUCACCCCGACAUCGUCAUCGCCGGCCGCAACCCCACCGCUUCCAUCGAGUGCAGAGCGUCCGGAACUCCUCAGCCGACAUUCAAAUGGUACAAGAGUUAUGGCACCGCCAAGCAAACGGAAGUGACGUCAUCGGUAGAUGAACGUUACACGUUAACCAAUGGCAGACUGACUAUCCAGGCCCCGGAUUCAACACUGGACCUGGGGAGCUACCAGUGCACUGCUACCAACUCUGUCGGGAGGAUCAUCAGCGACCCAAUUCAGGUGUCAUUUGGAUAUCUGUACGAGUUCUCCAACGAUCCCCCCGGCUCCCUGUACGCCGCACUCUACCAGGGAGCGGACAUCAUGUGUAAAGUCCCCGCAUAUAACCCAGCACUGACGUACCAGUGGUACAAGAAGGAUGCUGCGCACUUCGUCCGGCCUGAGCUGAAUGAUUACCAGUUCAUCUCCCAUAACGGGAACCUGUACCUGUCUGAGGCCCAGCAGUCGGACGCUGGCUUCUACCACUGUGUGGUCACACUGUCCGUGCCCUCGGGGCAGGUGAUGGCCACGUCCCAACCCCCCUCGAGAACCAGCCUCGGCAUAGAGCUCAAAGUGGGAGGAGAAACCGCCAUGGACUUCGGGCCCACCAUCCACAACGACUUCCCAGCAGUUUUCCCCAGUCCCCCCCUGAGGGGACAGAACAUCCGACUGGAGUGUCUGGCAUACGGAAAGCUCCCCAUGUACUACUCGUGGACCCGCGGUGACGGCAUCACCAACAUCGGCCUACCCCACAACUCCCACCUCGCAGACCACAACCGGGUGCUGCUGAUUGACGACGUCAGGGUGGAGGACGGCGGCAACUACACCUGCCACGUCAACAGAGGCGCCAGCGCAGCGGACAUAAAGCCCCUCUUCGUCACGAUUGAAUCGAGGCCAUAUUUCAUGUUUCCACUGCAAGACCAAUUCCUGGACGUAGGGAGUCAGACGACAUGGCGUUGCCAGGCUACCGCUAUUCCGUCAGCAGAGUAUACCUGGUACAAAGACACGGUACUGCUGACAUCAACUCCUGGCGACGUUGAGAUCUCCGGUAACGUCCUCACCAUCAAGAAUGCUAACGCCGACAAACACAACGGCAUGUACCAGUGUUCAGCGAAAAACAUGCAUGGGGAAUCGUUCAGUACUGCCGAGCUGAAGGUUUUGUCGUUCGCCCCCAUCUUCUCCAAACAGCCCGUCACUGACAAGGUCGCCAGCAUCGGCGGCAACGUCACCAUGAUCUGCAACCCUGAGGCAGCACCUAAACCCGACUUCAAGUGGUCCCGCGACGGCCGUGACCUUGGCCUCACCGAAGGGGUCAUGGGACGGCUGCAGCUGCUGCACAACGGGAACCUGCUCAUCACCUCGGUAACGUCAGGGGAUGCCGGGCAGUACACGUGUACCGCCACCAACACCGAGGGGUCAGACUCCAGUCAAGCCACCCUGUUAGUGUCGGCGCGGACUGAGAUCAGCCAAGUUCCUGUCGACACCAGGGUCAUCGUCAACAACACCGCCUUCCUCUACUGCGAGGCCUCCUUCGACAACUCACGUUACGACCUCGUUUACGCCUGGAGGUUUAAUGGCCACCCUAUUGACAUCAGUCAUAAUUCCUAUUUUGUCCAGGGAAUACGAGACAACAUCCGGGGUCUCUACAUCCGGAAUGCGCAGUUCAUUCAUUCAGGAGAAUAUACGUGUUUAGCAGAGACAGUUGAAGACACAGCGUCAGCAUCAGCCACGCUCACCGUGCAAGGUCCUCCGGGGGAGCCCGCGGGGGUGUACUGUGACCAGGAGGGCAUGGCGCUCAAUUUGCACUGGACAGACGGCACCGACAGGGGCAGCCCCAUUAUCUACUACAUCGUUGAGUUCAACACCAACUUCAACAGCAACUGGAGAGUUAUGAUACAACGUCUGGGUGUCACAGAGACGCUGGACGACGAGAACCCCGACAGGAAGAUAACGAAGCUGGCGUCCCUCCGUCCAGGCACCGCCUACAGGUUCCGGGUCCUCGCAGCUAACAUGUUCGGCCACGGAGACCCCAGCAUUCACUCCAGCAUGUACCGGCUGCCAAGUGCUGCCCCUGUGGUGCCCCCCCUGGAGGUAGGGGGUGGGGGAGGCAGAGUGGGAACGCUGACCAUCACGUGGGAGCCACUGUUGCUGGAGGAUGAGAGCGGGCCGGCGAUCGGGUACUAUGUGUUCUGGCGGAGGAAACUGAACGUGGAUGACUUGUGGCAGCGGGUGAACGUCACCGGCCGUAUCGGCACCGUCACGGUCGUCGUCGGCGACCAGAACUACUACUUGGAGUACGAGGUGAUGGUUGAGGCGUUCAACAGACUGGGUCCGGGGCCCAACUCCACAGUAGCCGUCAUCUACUCAGCCGAAAGUCUGCCCUACGCGACACCCAACAAUAUCUGGAUCGACACCUACAACGCUACAGCAAUCGUUGUCUACUUCGACGCCGUGGACGACACAAGGGCAGCGGUCAAGGGCAAGAUUAUUGGAUAUCAGGUGAACUUCUGGGUCGAUGGGGAACGUGACCUUUAUAUAGGACAUUCCUAUCACUAUGGUCAGCGGAGUCAAGCCGUCGUCAUCGGACUUAUCCCGAACUUUGACUACUGGGCCAAUGUCCAGGUGUUCAAUUCGGCCGGUCUGGGUCCCGAGAGCGAAAUCAACUUUGGCUCUACAGCAGGGGAAGGUCCCAACGCCUACCCCGAGUACGUGGAGGUGCACAGUGACGGUCCAAACAGCGUCUACGUCCACUGGAGGGGCAUCUCCACCGUCCCCAUCGUGGAGGAGGCGUUGCAGGGAUACAUUCUGAGGUACUGGCCAGCCAACAGUGACCUUCGAGAUGCAACGGAUGUGGUUAUAGACGGAAAGAGGACGCAUGGCGUGAUUACCGGCCUCGAUAAGGGCAUCGUCUACAAGCUGAGGUUGACAGGCUACAACGCCGGCGGAGACGGGAAGAAAGCCCCGCCAAUCUUUUUCACUUUAGGAGGACAAAUCGUUGCUGAUCCCACAACAAGUGAAAUCCUCGCCACUGGAAGUCACAUGUCUUCAUCUGUCCUAUGUUUGCUGUCAUGCGCAUUGAUGUGGAUUCUGACGUAACUGUCAUGGUCGAUAUAGUGCUGCUUAAUGUUCUGACGCCUAGAGGAUGGAGAUGGAUACGUUGUGUGAAUAACGUGAAUAGUGUGACCUGUGAAUAGCGUGACCUCGGAUACCUGCAUCAACCAGAGACGGAUACCACCUUGAGUGAUGCUACUGAUAAAGCACCACCAGAACA